CGAGGACUGUGACCAUCCUAUCCCACACAUACAGACAUGGACUCCAAGAUUGUAGUAUUCAUCUGCUUGGUAGGCGUGGCGAGCGCGAGUCUCAUUGCUCCCGCUGUCCCCGUGGUCCGCGCGGAUCCCUUACCUCAGUACUCCUACGGGUACGACGUACAGGACGCACUCACUGGUGACUACAAGGGUCACCAGGAACACAGGAACGGAGACCUCGUCAGUGGAUCGUACAGCGUCGUAGACCCUGACGGCACAAGAAGGAUUGUAGACUACACUGCUGAUCCUCUUAACGGCUUUAACGCGGUUGUACGCCGCGAGCCCCUAGUCGUCGCAGGCCCUGCCAGGGUUGUCGCUCCAGCCCCUGUCGUCGCCCCGGCUCCCAUCCUCGCCCGGGCACCCGCCCCUGUACUGGCCGCUGCGCCCGCGCCACUGUUCGCCCCCAGGCUACCUCACCCCUACUACUUCUAGAUGAAUUAUUACAAUUUUGUUGUUGAUAUCUUUACUAUUAGGAC